CUGAAUUGAAAUUUGAAUUUUGAAAUUAAAACAUUAUAAAUUUAAGGUUAGGAACUUAGAAUUGAAGAAAAUUUUCUUUUUGAAUUAAAAACUAUAAUAAAUCUGAUUUUCUUCAUGUCUAGAAAGAAUGUUGCAAUGGAGGAGCCACAAUGCAAGGUUUUGGAUUUACCUUCGGCUGAAGCACUCAGAAGAUCAAUAUUGCAUAUUAAGAAGCCCGUUGUAAUUAAAAAAUCAGUGGAAUCCUGGCCCAUUUUGAAAUGGAGCUUGGUAGACUGGAAAACUGCCUUGGGAGAUGUGAAACUCCCUUUCCGCACCGGUUCCAGUGAUUGCACCCAGGUACCUCAAUGGGAAGGUUCCUGCAAAAUGUUGAAUUAUUCAGUGGAAGAAUUUCUGUCGAUUACGGAAAAUCAAGGCAAACAAGAUUGGCUGUAUUUCGAUUACAAGUAUAUGCAUGAAUGGUUCAAAAACCAUCCUACCAUUUUGGAGUCAGUAUCAUGGGCCCGACUGGGAUUCACGGAAUUGAAAGGCAUUGACUCAACAAUGUGGCUUGGAAGCAAGGGGGCCCACACGCCCUGCCACAAGGACUCCUAUGGUCUUAAUCUGGUGGCCCAGCUUUAUGGCAAAAAGGCGUGGAUACUGUUUUCACCGGAUGAUGACGACUCUUUGCAGCCUACUAGAAUUCCCUAUGAAGAAUCUAGUAUAUUCAGUAAGAUAAACUUUUUCUGCAGAAAAUCAUUAAGAGGUUUCAAGAAAGCCUACUUUGUAAUCCUGAAUCCCGGAGAUGUACUAGUGGUUCCAAACGGUUGGUGGCAUUAUGUCGAAAAUAUUGAAACAUCUAUAUCGAUCAACACAUGGGUUCCAUUGGAAAUCGACGAUGAGAAACGCGUAGAAGAGUGCUUAGUUCGGACUUUCAUCGGCUCUUUGCUUGAGAACCUUGAUGACAACGAGAGACGAUUUCUCCUCAAUCCCAAUGAAGUUGAACAGUUUAGAAGCUUUGAUGCGUCCAACACCGAUAUGCUCAACUUAUGUGUGAAAAAUGUGAACAAAAGAAAGUCAGAUACUGAUUCAAAUGAGAAAGAAGCCUUACAAUUGCAGCGCCAGUUUUUUGAGUCACCUCUCAUAAAAUUUGUAGAAAAUUGUGAUGUCACCAACAUUUCUGAACAACUACAGUGUACUUGCAAUGAUUACAAUAGCAGCUGUGUUACACAGGAAAGCUCUUACCAAGAGAUCGAUUUUGAGAAAGUUGUUAAUGCAUUCUGUCAUCCUGAGGUUAUUGCAAAAGUUAGAGAAAAACUGCUUGUGAAUUCUUUGUGAAAAUAAAUAUGUUAUAUUUGGUUAAGAGUAUUAAAUUUGUUGAACGAG